AUGGAGUUUAAGAGACAUGACAGUUUCAAAGUAAUAACUGACAGUGUUCUUGAUGUUCGAAAAUCAAACAUAUCUAACAAUUCUUUAUUAACUGUUCAAGAUUGGGCCCAAUUAAACCAACUUCAAAAAUCUUAUUCAAAUGCAUUUCCAUCCAAUAUAUUUCCUUAUCGUCCAUUCACAUUAACUGACAGAAUGUCAGCAAUGGUUUAUACGAUCGAUCUUCAAAAUUUUGUUGCAUUAAAACUCAUAAACUAUUUGAAAAGCGUAUGCGAAUUUAAAUUACUUGACGAAAAUGAUCGUUUAAUUCUCGUUAAACAUAAUCUAUUAGGAUUGUUCAUGCUACGUGCAACACUACAAUAUGACACUGUUCAAGAAAUUUUUUGCGAACCAGAUGCUGAUGAUGAAUACGCAAGGCAUUGUAAAGACGUGCUUAUUUAUUGUUACGGUCUUGAAUUUUAUCAGGAUGUUGUGAAAAUUAUGCGUUUACUCGUCGAUUUAACUGAACGUGAUCCAAUCAUUGUUGAACUAUUGUUAAUCAUAAUGAUUUUUACUAAAGGUUUAUCAGCUCAUAAUCGUGAUUUAACUGAACCCAUUCUAGCAAAUUUUGCUCCAGUCUAUCAAGCUCAAUGCACCUAUACAAGUCUUUUAUGGCGUUAUAUGUUACAAAAAUAUGAUUUAACAAUGACAGUACACAAGUUUUCAUCAUUAAUUGCACAAAUAAUGAAAAUUCAAGCGUUAUCCUACGAUUUUCAGCAAUAUAUUAGUAAUCAAGUUGAUAUUAAUAAAAUUAAUCCGUUAAUGAAAUCACUGUUACAACUCAGUUAA